CCAGUUUCACAAUUCAAUCAAAAAUCAAUUUCUGUAUAACUAACAACCACACAAAAGGUAUUGCUAUUUCUAUUUCCUUUUAUCUUAUAGUUUAAAUCCCCAUGGUUAAAUUUUAAUAGAGACCUACUCUCACAAUAAUCAUGAAUUUUGACUAAAUCCUAUAUAAUACGAUAUUUUCCUCUUUAAUAUUCUCUUUACCCUUCCUGGCAUUUCCUGACCCCUCCCCUGACAACUAGGAUGUGUAGUAAGCAUAUCAGCAGAAACUGGACAGGAAGGAUAGGAAGGAUGGACAGCACACAGAUAGAAGAAGAGAAAAUUUUUUCACCCACCACGAACAAACUGAAUUGCAUGCAUUAUGUUUUUAUAUUCUUUAGACUAACAACAAUAAUUAAUAAGCUGAGAAAUCUCCAAAACUUAACUUAUGCUGAGGUUUUUGAUCCUUAAGAAUAAACAUAUUUAUGAAAAUAUAGGUACACAUUAAAACAACUACAUUAUGGGUAUUCUGUGGGGUACAUUAUUUGUACAUUAGCACAGAUUUGGACGUAAUGUUGCAGUGCAUUGUGGGACUUAAUAAGGACGUGGUAUGAUUGUACAAUAUCGUGUAGUCUACUUACAUAAAACGACUAAAAGGUGUCCUUGAGCUCGUUGAUAGCCUAUCAUUUAGACUGCUUGUACUCGUUAUUUAUAGAAUUUCUCAUGGUUUAAAAUUGAUCAUAGAAAGCUUUUUUUUUUUUUUCCAGGAACAAAUUUCUGUCGAUUAAUUUGUUAUAGAUCUGAUGCAUUCAAUCCAAAUCUGGCAACCAAACAACUAGCCCUAUUGCAGCCCUAUAAGUACGACACCUGUGGGGGGAGGCGUCGAGUCUUCAAAUCAGUGCAUCUGGAGGUGUGGGUUAGUUGGGCAAGGUGUCCUGAUCUGUGGAAGGUGGCCGUUUUCUGGGUCGCAAACCAGUAAUUAUUCCAUCUGGGUUUGUGUAGCAGCCAUCCAUUAUCAUCAGUGUUAUAUGGAAGUCGGAAACGCCUAAAACUCAACAGGUGCCCCUACCAUGUCAACAGAAGUACAGCCUGUGCCUGUGGCCCCUGUAGGACCCACUGCUGAGCCUACACUGCCAGCUGUGGUCAAUGAAACCAGCACAGUGGUAACUGAGAACCCUACGGCCACAACCGCAGCUUCAACACCAACCGCAAGCAAAUUUUUCUCAAGAGAGAAGAAGAGAGCUCCAGAGAAGACUGAUGAGUACCUGCUGGCCAGGUUUCAAGGUGAUGGUGUUAGAUACAAGGCCAAACUGAUUGGCAUUGAUGAUGUGCCUGAAGCCAGAGGGGACAAAAUGAGUCAGGACUCCAUGAUGAAACUGAAGGGCAUGGCUGUAGCUGCUCGUUCCCAAGGCAAACACAAGCAAAGAAUUUGGGUGAACAUCUCUCUAGAGGGAAUUAAGAUAACUGAUGAAAAGACUGGGGUGAUUGAACAUGAGCAUACAGUCAAUAAGAUCUCCUUCAUUGCUCGUGACGUCACAGAUAAUCGGGCGUUUGGAUAUGUGUGUGGGGCAGAGGGCCAACAUCAGUUCUUUGCUAUCAAGACAACUCAGCAGGCACAACCACUGGUCAUGGAUCUGAAGGAUCUAUUCCAGGUGAUCUUCAACACAAGGAAGAAAGAAACUGAAGCUACACAGAAGGAUGGUACCAGUACCAUUGUUGAGAAUGGAAGUGAUGCAUUGCUCAGUCUGGAUGGUCAGGUAGAGGCAGUAGAAAAUGUGGAACAGACGGACCUUUUUGGAGAUAUGUCCACACCCCCAGAUAUCAACUCUCCCACGGACAGUGUUUUGUUGCUGGAACUUGCUUCUGUGAUCGAUGCCAAUCAGAACCACCUUAAAAGCAAUCCUUUCAUUUCCUAUCCGACAGUUCCUUGCAACACACCCAGUGAUGCCCCUUUCUUUUCCUCACUAGAUAUAGUUUUCAGUCCUAGUCCAGUCCCUUUCAAUAAUGAUCCCUUUGCUCCACUUGGUGGCCAGUUUGGCACUUCUACUGCUUCACCCCUGUUGUCCAAUUGUGCAACAGUCCUUUCAAGAGGCAGUCAGGAAGAACAAGUUGGACAAAACAGCUUAAGUUGUGACCCUGCAUCCAGCAGUCAUGUUUUUAAUGGACUAACUGAUGGUCAGUAUCCAAAGAAGGGCAUCAAUCAACCACUUGAGUUUCCUUUAAUGGAGAUGAAUGGAAAAAGUCAGACCCCUUCUUUUUCCAGCAUACUUAAUCAAACAAGCCCCCAUCUGCCCCAAACUUGUUCUCCACUGUGUAAUGGUCUCAGCAACUCUUUGCUUCCUAUGUUUCAAUCUCCACCCCUCUGUAAACAUGAAACCAUGCCACCUAUUGUGCAAAAUGGCGGGUUGAUGGCCCUUUGUCCCCCACCACCAAGCUCUAAAUGUGGUCGUGUACAGAGGAGACAGAAGUCUCCUGAAAAUGAAAUGUUUGGGGCCAAUAUAUUUGGAUCGCCAGCUCAGGGAGAGGGUCCACAUACAGCUCAAUCCAGCUCUUCUAUUCCAGCAGAUCUGUUCAACCCUACAACCACUCUUGCGUCAAUGUCAUUGGGACCACCAUCUGUUCCUCAAGCUCUUACAACAGGUCCGUGGGGCCAACCAGUCCUGUCACUGUUUCCUCAGCAGGGCUCUGGCCCCCAAGUACCAGUCCAAGGUGCACCUUUAAAUUCUCUUCCCCAGCCUUGUGUGUUUGGGGGAACACCAGUACCUCAGUGGGGACAGCAGAUGCCCUCUUUUGCCACUCCAGCUGCCACUCAAGCUUGGGGAAAACAAGCAACCACAGCAGCCAUGAGUGCCUGGCCCCAAUCUGGCACUGUGUCCAACCCCUUUCAGCCCAAUGCAAUUCCUCCCAUGAUGACUCUUCCUGGAGGAAUUACAGUGCAGGCAUCUUCAGGGGUCCCUCCACUGCCUCGCCGGCCACCUCCUGCAAAAGAAGAGGUACCUGCUGUUAAAAAUGCUUUCACAGCUUUGGACCCCCUUGGUGGGAAGGAACAGAAAACUGGGAAGGAUAUGUUCAAAAACUUCCAGAUUGCAAAACCUGGAAGUGUCUCCCUGUCAGGCCCAAACACCAAUGGCACAUUUGAGCAGUACUUUUCCAACAAAGUUGGUUUAGCCCAGGAAGCAGCUGACCAUGAUGACUUCGACAUUAGCCAGCUCUCUGCAACAUCGAUUGAGCCUCCUAAACCUGCUCUUCAGCAUGCCUCUACAACUACUGCCCCAGCUCAGGCUCAAAGCUUGACCCCAUCCUUGGCAGGAGUGUUCCUGGAUGCUGCUUUCACUCCUAAUUCAGCUCCAACCCCAUCAGGCCCAGAUCCUUUACCAGCUGCCAAUCUUUUUGAUGACACUUUUGGAAGCAGCUUUUUAGCACCACCUACAAAUACAGGUGGUCCAGCUACACAGACCACUGCAAAAGCUGAUACUUUUGUAGACCCCUUUGGAGGAAAUCCUUUUGCCUAACCUUUCUCAAAUCCUGCACUGUUCAGAAAGUGGGAAACCAUCUGCAGCAGUGUCUGCUCCACUGUCCACACUUUUUAUUUUUUAUUUUUUUCCCCUUUUCUCUCUUGUAUCUGAUCUCAGGUUGGUUUCUCUCAUUAAAUUGACUGGAUCCAUUUCCCAGCAUUACAAUCGCUUGAAGAAAAUACAAAUUGUGGGAAAUGAAAAUGACUGAGGUGAUGAGAAGGAGUUGGGUAAAUUGGCAUAGAUCUUAUGUUGAGAAAUUUCAAAUACUUACUGGAUGCAAGAUGCUGUUUUGUCUGAAAUUAAAGUAAGCAUGAAAUGA